GAGCACUUGAUGCAAUGAGUAAUAGUGAAAGUCAAGCAAAGGAUGAGUUUUUUCAAGGCGUUGAAAAAUAUCCAUAUAAAGCAGUUAGUCGUGCAUUAGAAAUUAUUCCACGAACAUUAAUACAAAAUUGUGGUGGUAAUGUUGUUAAACAAUUAACAACACUUCGUGCUAAACAUCAUCAACAACCUGAUCAAUUUACAUGGGGUAUUGAUGGUGAAACUGGUCAAUUAGUUGAUAUGCAUAAAUUUGGUAUAUGGGAACCAAUUGCCGUUAAAAUGCAAACAAUAAAAACAGCUAUUGAAACUGCUAUUUUAUUACUCCGUAUCGAUGAUAUUGUAUCUGGUACAAAGAAAGCAAGUAUAUUAACGGAAGGAACAGGCCAAGGUGAUGGAAAAAGAAAGAGAGAAGAUGAAGAAAACAAACCAACUGAUGAAUCGAAUAAAGAUUGA